ACAGCCUGUUAAGAUAUGAAACGGUGGGGGACCACUCUGCCGUAGAUAAGCCUCGAUCCCUUCGUUGUCCACCACUACACUUCCAACUUUUCCGGAGACACCGCUAGAUUCCCCCGCCCGUGCUCGGCGGCGCUUGAGAUUCACGCGAUGGCUUCGCCGUUAUUCUCCACCCUCUCCUACUGGCUCGUGAACCAUCCCAAGAUCGCUCAUUUCACGUGGACCGAAGGCGAAACUCUCGCUUCCUCCGUCUCAUUCGCCGCCGUCUCCGUCGCCGGCUACCUCUCCGCCACCUUCCUCCUCCGCUCCGCCGUCGAAAUCCUCCCCUCGCUCGGCCCGCGCAUCCUCAAACCCAUCACAGCCGUUCACAGCCUCGUCCUCUGCCUGCUCUCCCUCAUCAUGGCUGUUGGUUGCACCCUCUCCAUAAUCUCCCACGCGCCCGACGCGGCGGCGUGUGCCAAACACGCGAUAUGCUUCCCUCUGGAAUUGAAACCCACCGGACCUCUCUUCUUCUGGGCCCACGUCUUCUACCUCUCGAAGAUCCUCGAGUUCGGAGACACCCUGUUGAUUAUCCUGGGGAGAUCGAUCCAACGGCUGUCGUUCCUCCACGUGUACCACCACGCGACGGUGGUAGUGAUGUGUUACCUGUGGCUCCGUACACGGCAGUCGAUGUUCCCGGUGGCGCUUGUGACCAACGCGACGGUGCACGUGAUCAUGUACGGAUACUACUUCCUCUGCGCCAUUGGGUCACGACCAAAGUGGAAGAGACUGGUGACGAACUGUCAGAUUGUGCAGUUCGUGUUGAGCUUCGUGUUGUCGGGUUGGAUGCUGUACGAACACUCUGUCGGGUCGGGUUGCUCCGGGUUCUUGGGAUGGUGCUUCAACGCUGCGUUUAACGCUUCUCUAUUGGCUCUGUUCUUGAACUUUCAUUCCAAGAACUACGCCAGGACACGACAGGUCAGAUCAGAACCCAAAGGCUCUGGCUUUUCUGCAGAGAAACGUGAUUAGCUCUAAAGUCUGCAUCUUUAUCACGCCCUUUCUUCCGAGUUAUUCAUAUUUCAUUCAAAAUGUGUUUGGAACCGUUGAACAGCUGAGAUUCUUUUCAUGGGUCGUGAUUCGGAUUGUUUAAAUGCUCGAAAGGAUUGCAUUUUCUAGGGAGAAAUCA